ACUCCUGCUGUGACUCGUGCGUCCGUGUGCUUCGCUGCCUGCGGUAGUUGAGCUAAAGCGAGGACAAACUAGUCUUUCCGACGCCAAGUUCCGCUUCGCGUCCCCCCUGGCCGCAGUGUCCCAAAGCCUGUUUUUGCAGCACGCAGGUGUUGGGGGUCUGCUGUUCUCUUGGCUUCCUACCAUUGAUUGUGCGACUUCGCAUACGCUUUUCUUUUGCGAAGAUCUUGCUAGGAGCUGGGACUACAACAGUGAACAAAGUGAACAGUGAACAAAGGCCUUGUCGUUCUCAAAGUGUAGAUUCUAGCUAGAAAAUUUAGCAGGGCAGUUUUAACGAAAGAUGUGCCAAGGAAACCAAAAGUGUGUGUGUGUACGUGGAUCUAUAAAAAAGUUCCAACUUUAUAACCAAAGCUACUUAAAAUCACCAAAUGAGGAGGAUGGGCAAAUCUUGAGAAUGGAGUAUUGGUAAAUGCCCGUUGCUUAAGGCUUGCUUGCAUUCUUGCUGGUGCCACUAACUAGUUGAGUGAGCCUCUUAUUCACACCUAUUUUUUUCUUCUCAAACUCUCGUACUCUUUAAUGGAGGCAAAUGGGAUUUUUAAAUUGCAAAGUUCUCUGAUACAAAAUAUACAUUAUAUAUUAAAAAGUGUAGAUUUCUUAAGUUGUAUAUGGGUAUUCAGGAAAAUGUUACAUAGUUAGAUUAAAUUCAUUGAGUUACUGGAGAAAAGAUAACAAGCAGAAGUCAAAAGAUUGGUUUAGAAUUGAUGUCUCAGGUACUUUAUUUCUGAAAUUACAGGCACUCUGUAAGAUGGUUUUAAUACAGAGAGAAUGCUUCUGGAAGUCCUUUUAUGACCAUCCAUAUGGCCAUUUGCAUCUCCAGGAAAGAAAUGGAUGGAAGCCAGUAGAAGACAGCACUGUGGCUGCAAACUGAAGAGGUUUCACCUGGAGGAAAUGACGGCAGAGAACUCCUCCGUGACCCAGUUCAUCCUCGCAGGCUUAACCGAUCAGCCAGCGCUCCGGGUCCCCCUCUUUUUCCUGUUUCUAGGUUUCUAUGUGGUCACCGUGGUGGGGAACCUGGGAUUGAUAAUGCUGAUUAGGCUGAACUCUCACCUGCAUAUUCCCAUGUACUUCUUCCUUUUCAAUUUGUCCUUCAUAGAUUUUAGUUACUCCACUACCCUCACCCCUAAAAUGCUGAUGGGUUUUAUGUCUAAGAAAAACAUCAUUUCCUAUGCAGGAUGUAUGACUCAGUUCUUUUUCUUCUGUUUCUUUGUCUUUUCUGAAUCCUAUAUCCUGUCAGCAAUGGCAUAUGACCGUUAUGUUGCCAUCUGUAAACCAUUGUUGUACACAGUCAUUAUGUCUCCCCACGUCUGUUUGCUUCUUUUGUUGGGUGUCUAUGGGAUGGGUGUUUUUGGAGCUGUGGCCCAUAUGGGAAACUUAAUGUUUAUGACCUUUUGUGCAGACAACCUCAUUAAUCACUACAUGUGUGAUAUCAUUUCCCUCCUUGAGCUGUCCUGCAAUAGCUCUACUAUAAAUUUGCUGCUGGUGUUUAUUAUUGUGACCAUUGGCAUUGGGGUGCCUAUUGUUACCAUAUUCAUCUCUUAUGGUUUUAUUCUUUCCAGCAUCCUGCGUAUUAGCUCCACCGAAGGUAGAUCCAAAGCCUUCAGUACCUGCAGUUCCCACAUAAUGGUGGUAUCUCUUUUCUUUGGAUCAGGAGCUUUUAUGUACCUUAAGCCACCUUCUAUUUUGCCCUUGGAUCAGGGAAAAGUGUCCUCUGUUUUCUAUACUGCAGUGGUGCCUAUGUUGAAUCCAUUAAUCUAUAGCUUGAGGAAUAAGGAUGUAAAAAUUGCCCUAAUGAAAACCUUGAAUCGAAAAAUUUUCCUUGAAGGUGUUUGAAAGCCAGUCCAAACUUCAUGGGUCAGAGUGUUUCUGUUAUGUAUGAUUAUCCAUGAAUGAGACAAAAUUCAGUGCCUCCUUCCCUUAUACUUAGAGGAAGUUUUUACCUCUUGUUCUAAAGCACACUAUUCCAACAAUUUGUUUUAUGAAAAAUGUUUGUACAAUUAUAGAGUUUUGAAUCUCAAAUAAGCCUAGGAAAUCAUUUAACACAGCUCCGUAUGCUGUGAGUACAGCAGCACAGGAGACUACUAAAUAUUUUGUAGGUGACUUAUAAAAACACAUGCAUCUGCUGCCGGAGCUGACAGUGGAAGCCAGGUGACUGAAUUUUAAUCCAAUUUAUUUUACUUCCCUUUAGCCAUGCUUCCUUGUUUCAUCUUUUAUCUGGUCAAGUUCAGUGUUUGUUAUUGCUGUUGUAUUUGGCAUUGAAAUAAGUCUAAUUCUGUUUAUAGUGAUACCAUCGAUUAUUCAUGUGUUAAUUUUUGGAAUAUAAUUUUUCUAAGUGUUUGAGGUGAAACUAUGGUUAAUUUGGUCUUGACAAUGAGAUAAAUGUUUUUUUAAAAAAUGUGGGCUUUGUGAAUAGGAGCUAUGUUAGCUUCCACAUAGAACCAAGCAUGUGUGCUUCUUGUAAUGGUGUUCAGAGCCCAAGGGACCCAGGCUAAUUUAGAGCUUCUAAAGGAGAAAUACACAGAUGUAAGGAAGCUGAAGAUUUUGAAUGCAAGCUUCAUUCAUUAUUUCCAGACUAAUGAAGAUAGAACAUGGAGAAUCACCUACUCUGAAAAAUGUGACUUCGUAAUAGAUGUCUUUGGGUUUGUGAACCACUAAAGACAUAGCAACCAAUGAGUUAUUAGGGGAGACAAUUGACAUUUGCAUUUUAAGGUAUUGCGUAUAUCUGCCAUCUUCAAAAAGUACUGCUUAAAGUAAAGGAAUGGUGUAUCAGGAAAAGUAACAUAUUUACAGCAUUGGGUAAAUGGAGGUAUAGCUUUAUAUAAAGAAUCAGAAGAAUAAUUUUGGGGUCUGAACACAUUAUUCAUGGUAACAUCUUGCAGAAACAAUAGCAUGUGAAGUGUUUGGAGGACAAUUGGACUUGAGGACUUUUCUUAUGAAAUUUCUAUUAAAAAAGGAGUUUGGAAAAUUGUUUCCUUUGGAAUUAUUCUGUUCAAUCAGAAUGUAAUUAAAGGAAGAGAAAUGUAGGGGAUGAGUAUUCUUUCAAAAAUACAGUAGAGGAGAAGAUCAGUAAAUUCAGGAUGCUUGUGUGGUCAUGAAUCAGUACAACAUAGGUGAGUGGAAAAACAUCUCUUGGGGCCAGCACUGUGGUGUAGCAGCUAAAGCCACUACCUGUAGUGCCAGCAUUCCAUAUGGGCACCGGUUUGAAUCCUGGCUGCUCCACUUCCAAUCCAGCUCUUUGCUAUGGCCUGGGGAAGCAGCAGAAGAUGGCCCAAGUCCUUGGUCUCCUGCGCAUGUGUGGGAGACCCAGAAGAAGCUCCUGGUUUCUGGCUUUGGAUUGGCACAGCUCUGGCCAUUGCAGCCAAUAGGGGAGUGAACUAGCAGAUGGAAGACCUCUCUCUUUCUCUGUCUCUCUUUCUCUGCUUCUCCUUCUCUCUCUAUGUAACUCUUUCAAAUAAAUAAAUAAAUAAAUAAAUAACUCAUCCUUUUUUAAGUUGAAGCAUAAAUUUAUACAUCAAAGUGCACAAAUGUUAAAUGUUCAAUAAUUUUCUUCAUAUCUGUAAGAGUUUGAUUACAUACAACUACCUAUAGCAAAGUAUUAGUGAUUUUCAUCAUUUCAGAAUAUUAUUGUCUGUUAUUUUCCCAUUAAUUACUCCUAUGUUUUCUUUUCCUAGAAAUAUAUACUAUCCUUAUUUAAAUAAAAGAUUUAUUUUUUUUAUUUGAAAGAGUUGCACAGAGAGAGAAAGAGAGGCAAAGAGAGAGAGAGAGAGAAAGGUCUUCCAUCCACUGGUUCACUCCCCAGUUGGCUGCAACAACCAGAAUUGCACUGAUCCGAGCCAGGAGCCAGGAACUUCUGCUAUGCGGGUGCAGGGGCCCCAGGACCUGGGCCAUCUUCCACUACUUUUCCAGGCCACAGCUGAGAGCUGGAUCAGAAAUAGAGCAGCUGGGACUUGAACUGGCGUCCUUAUGGGAUGCCAGUACUGUAGGCGGUGGCUUUACCCACUAUGCCACAGCGCUGGCCCCUAUACUAUUCUAACCUUUAGAGGCACAGAUCUAUUUUGCCCAUUUUGAAUUUGAUAUAAUUGUUAAAUAACAUAUUUACUCCUUUAUGUCUGACUUCUUCAACUCAAUGUAUAGUGUCCUGUGAGAUUCAUUGGUAAUGCUUUUCUUGGUUAUUAUUGCUUAGUAUUUCAUUGUAUGAAUAUAGAACAGUUGUCUGGUCAUUUAUUCUCCUAAUGGACAUUUGGCUUGUUUUUGUUUUGCAUAUUAUUAAUAAAGCUGCUAGAAAUA